UUUUUCCUUAUUCAGGUCAUUCCAGAAGACGUGUUUAUGGAAUUUGAAAUGAAGGGUAGUGUCAAUGGACAUUACUUUGAGAUGAAAGGUGAAGGAAAAGGAAAGCCUUACGAGUAAGUGUCUCUUAAAAGACAGACCACGAUGAAUAUUUCAUUAUUAUGUAUCAGUAUUUAUUUUUAAAACCGGAGUUGAAUAAGAUCAAAUCGACUAAAUUAAUUUGCGAUACUUUAAUUUUUUACAAGUUAACAUGUAAGGUUAUGCAGUGUUUGACUUAAGUUUGAAUUUUCAUUAGCAUAAAAUAUUUGGUCGUUCCUAAUCUUCGUUUAUUUCAGGGUAUACAUGAGCUGUUUCUGAAAAUAAUUUCCAACACUCUUAUCAUCUUAUUUUAGAGGAAUACAGAAAUCCACUUAUUGGGUCACCAAGGGAGGACCCCUUCCAUUUUCCUUUGACAUUCUGUCGUCAGCGUUCAAAUAUGGAAACAGAUGCUUCACUAAGUAUCCUGAGGGCAUGCCCGACUAUUUCAAACAAGCCUUUCCUGCUGGAAUGUCAUAUGAAAGGACAUUUACAUUUGAGGAUGGAGGAGUUGCUACAGCCAGUGGACACAUUAGGUGAUGAGUAGUAUGGGAUUGAGAUAAUAAUUUUUAAAAGAAAUUUUCAAGGUCAUUUUUUCACGGAGAAGCACCCUUUUUGAAAGUGUAACUUAAUUGUGUUUCUCCCGAGAACACUUCCUGUCUAGCUAAAUGGGAACAAACCACACAAAAAGCAUAGUGGCCAGCGAAUAUGGAGACUACUAAAUUUUGAAAUGGGCAUUUGUAAGUAAAUGGGUUUAGUUUGAAAAACAUCGUAGCGGAAAGGACAAAUCUCAAAAAUAAAAGGCGCUAACGCAUUAUUCUCCAGGGCACAUUGGUAUGUGAUGCAAUUACAAGGUUGAUUCCAAUAUUUUUAUUGAUAUGUCAAAUUUACUUAACUUUACAGUCUUAAGGGCAAUUUGUUUAAGCACAUAUCCAUGUUUCAUGGCGUAAACUUUCCCGGCGACGGACCCAUAAUGGGAAAGAGGACAAUUGGCUGGGACCCUUCCUUUGAGAAAAUGACCGUCUCCGACAACAUAUUGAGAGGUGAUGUGACUAUGUUCCUACUGCUCAAAGGAGGCGGUUAUCACAGGUGCCAGUUUCACACUUCUUACAAGUAAGUAUUUUGUUUCUGUAACAGCUCCAACAGUUGAAUAUCAUUCCUUUGGAGCAUUAAUAUUUGGAUUGCAUCUUCUAUGUUUUACUGGAUAAAAGCAACCGAAGAGAACGCUGGGAUGAAAAGGGCCUUGAUAGAACGGCUUAAUUCUAAUUUCUUGUGUUAAUAAAAUGUUUGGGAUUAUGUACUAUAAUAUCCUUUACAGUUAAAAAUGUUUCCUUCCCUGCACUUGUCGGUGAAAGAUGUUGAGGGCGAUGGAAAAAUAAUUAUUAUUGAUACAAGUAAUUGUUGAUCUACACUGUACCAAAAAACAAAGUUCAAAAGCAUUAAUGUUCAAAAAACAAAUGAGAGACCCAAUGCUGAUAGGGAACGUAAAACACAUAUUUUAUAUUUUACUAAUUUUUUUUUUCCUUUUCCACAGAACAAAGGAGCCGGUCACACUGCCUCCGAACCACGUCGUAGAACAUCGCAUUACAAGGACCGACAUUGAAGACAAAGACGGCAAGAAAGUCCUGCUGGAAGAAACUGCUGUGGCUCAUGUUAACCCUUUGUAA